ACCCUUUCUCAACACAUAUACAACACCAAUCUUCGAGAAACGACACAAUGGCCUUCUUCACAUCCCCCCUCCGCCCCGUCCUGACAACGACCUGCACUCUCCUCGGCACAGGCAUCGGCCUGUCCCUCCUCGUUCCAUCCUCCCCCUUCCGCUCCCCACCACUCCAAUGCCAAUACACCGCGCCAUAUUACAGUCCAACCGCCUCCCCGGACUCCGGAUGGUCCCUUGCAGGUUCUGAAGCAGUUGCAAAACAGGGUCGGACGUCAAGCACACAACCCGGGACAGGUCUAUUGAAUGCGCGGUUUAUGCGACAGGUUAGUUUGGGCAGUGUAUUGGGUUUGGCGACUGGUCUUGGGUUGAGGGUGUUUUCCAAGGCGUUGGUGUUUGUCUUGGGGAUUGGGAUUGUGUUUAUUGAGUGGGCGGCUUCAAAAGGCUACAAUAUCGUUCCCGUAAACACAUUACAGAAAUACGUCAAGAAAUUUGAUCUGCAACGAGCAACGCGGGAGAAUGUCCCCUUUAAAGUCAGCUUUGGUGCAACAAUGGCGUUUGCAGCUUUUGCCAGUUUUGCGGAUUACAGUUGAUUGUACGAUUGGAACUUGAAAGAUCAUUGUCCAUAAAUGAUAUAUUGAUAUAUGGUGUCAAUAUGAAUGCAUGGAAUAUGCUACGAUACAAGGGUAUAACAGACUAGCUCAGGACCAGAUCCUCCAGGACACCCUCCAUUUCCUCUCGAGAUAGAGGAACACUAAGCGUCUCAGUUCCGCUGGCAUCCAUCCGCGAAGUAACCAUUUGGUGGUCAUGGAAUUCCUUCAGCAAUGUCCUAAACAUCAUCUCAGACGAUGCAAUAAACUCCUCGGCAGCUUUCUGAUACAACAUCUUGAACUCAAUACCCGGCUCUUCACGCCGGCCAGUCUUUUGAGUCUGCAUCUGGGGCUGACCGUCUUCGUCCUCACUAAACCCUCCA